AGAAGAUCUACUUGCUGGCACUAGUGAAGAUCCAUGACCCACCGAUCACAUGUCUAGAUAUGCCGCACGGAACGCGUUCUGUAAUAAAGACAAGUCCGAUGCUGGUUCGAAAAAAAGUUAUCUUUUGCUACGAAAUAAAGUAGUGCAACUAGUAGUCUGGAAGAAAUCGACCACGCUUUGAAGAUUUUACGAUGUUGUUUUCUCACGACCGCAGUAAAAAAAGUGCGACAUUGAUUGCUGCAACAUACCCACAAAUACAGGACGAUAAGCAGCAGUCUAUGAGCAUCUUUGUGUUGAUCUAUUUCAUACAUGAUAAAAAGUAGAACUAACAUCAUCAGUAUUGCACAGAGUAUAAGUACAUUUUUCUUUGAUACCGUACCAAAUCCAACUCGGGAGAUUUUUCCCGCAUGGGAUCAUAUUUAUGAUGUGGCUCUAAUCUACCUACCGGUAGCAGGAACAUCCCCAUAACAGGAGCACAUCAAAUACAUCUUUAUAAUUCGUACAAGCAUAGCACAUAGCAAGUCAUGCAGCCCAAUACCAGGAAAAAAAAGAAUCUCCCGUCGGGGAAAACUGCUGGGCCCCUCCAAAGCACUAGCAAGCCUGAUGAUUUAUCUCCGGGGAGCCGCUACGAGGUGGCGAAACUGCAGUAUUUGAAACAACAGAAGGACUAUAAUUUUCGACAGCAGGAGAAGAUGUUGGUACAACAAGCGCCAGGUGCAGCUGCAGGUGGAGCUACUUCCGCUACCAUGACACCCUCGAUGGCCGGAGCUGCAGCUCCUUCCCCCGGCGCUCCACUCGUCGACCCCCGGAAUGUACUUUUCCUGGACCUGAUGAGGCAGCUUGUCCUGCAAAGCAACAUAACUGCAGGACCUCCAGGACCUCCUCCGGCAGCUUUUGGAAGUGCACAAGGGCCGGUGGCAGGUCAAGGUGGAACAACAUCACCAAUGCUGAAUAGAAUCGGGGGCCACCACGACGAGCAGUCAUUUUUGCCCGAUUCUACCUCUGGUCGUCGCGACCCUCCUGUAAUUAGAACCGAGAGCAGCAGUAGCGGCGCUCCUGGCAGUCCCUUCCAUCCAGUUUUGAACCCGUUCGGCAUCACUCUGCCGCCGAAUGCGCUGAAUCGGCAGUACGCACAGAACUUGUUGAAGAAUUUGAAAAAGGUUCUGAUCCGGAUCCGAAAGCUCCCCGCACCGUUUUUUCAAAUCGAAAAGGAACAACUGUCGCGACUGAUAUUGCAGGCCGCGGAACAGGAAAUCCGGGCGUUUUUCGAGCUAGAUAGUACUAGCAGUGUAGGUGGUCUUCUUGAGCAGAACAAUGGGACGACCCCCACGACAAGUACAACAACAGCCACGUCGUCGAAGAAUGAUUAUAACUAUCCUGGAGGAGCGCCGGCACAGGAGAAUUAUCUGUCGAAUUCAACCGCCUUCAAGAAUACCACCCGCACGUUUUUUGUGCAGCAUGAACCGGGACAAAUGAUGAAUUUCGCUGAGAACAACAAGGACCCUCGACGUCCACCACACGACCCUAGUUGUACUCUGGUCGGGUUUUCGCUGGAACUUGUGAAGGCGGCUGACACUGCGGAUGACCAGGAAGCGCAGGCGUUUUUGUGGCACAGGCGAGGCGGGAACAACUUUUCUCUGGACCGGACGACCUCGUCUCCACCAGGAGCCGGAGCAACUGCUGCAGCUUCGGGCGAAGUGGACAAUUCUUUUUUAAACUACCGCAAUGCAGCUGCCACCUCACUAUUCCCUUCGUCCCCGCCCUUUCACUUUGCGGACCUCCGGGAGCAGCAACAGAACCAAUGGUUUCUGUACUUGACAAGGCAAACGAUGGACCGGGAAUCCGGGACGAAGUCGGAGAAGUUUUUAGUUGCCUUUCUGGAACACAUCCCGGCAAUAAGCACGAACGCGCGGAUGAGCGGCACAAGUUCGUCAGGCGGGGGUCCCGGUUUUACUAAUGCUGCUGCUGCACAGAACAUCAAUUUUCCCCCGGACAGUACAGUAGACAGUGAAAAUCAAAAUCAAAAUCUGUUAUUCACAACCAAUUCCACCACCUCCUGGGCGGCCGACGAGCGAGGGUCCUCGCCCACCACGCAUUUUUCUCCGGCGGGACAAGCAACAUUGUUGAAUCGGACUACUACGAGUACUAGUACGGGAGGCAAUCCUAAUCGCGAGCCCCUUUUUCACGUCGAGCUUGUGCCGAUUGGAUCAGCAUCAGCUACUAGUACAACAAAAAGUACUAGCGAUGUCCUCGAACAAGAUCAUCAUUUUAUCCCGAGCCAGGAGCACCAGAUCCUGAUUCUGUUGUCCCAGCUAGGGAUCUUGCACUACCUCGUGAGCAAAGAUGCAGCGCUGACGAAAAAAAUCAUCGCGGAACUGCGGUCGAAACUGCGCGAAAAAUACUUCGAAAGCUGCAGUUCUUGUACUUCUCGUUCCGCGACGUCGCCGUCGGCGUCCACAAAGGGAAAAACAACAACAACCAGAAGUAAUUUGGUAACGAUGAAAACCACCGUGACCGAAGUUGCCACGACAACCUCUGGUACUGCACCCUCCACCGGAAGUCUACUUCAAGGAGCCGGCGCUAGUACUCAACAGCGCAUUUUGCAGACGUCGCAGUUUGCAGUGGUGAAUGGCAAGAUGGUGAACACUUUGACAACUUCCGGCGGCGCAGUUCCUGGAGCUGCUACACCAUCGAAUGCUGCGGAAAUAUUAAUGGAAAGCAGUCCCCGAGGAACUCUUUCUACCGCGGCGAGCAGCACAAGUGGGAACAACAAGAUGAGCAACAAGACCACGAGUAACAACAGACAGAACACCGCUCAACAUCUUCUUGACAGCUCUAAGAACUCCACCAGCAAUCUGAAUUCCGUCGACCCGAUUUCUACCAGAAGGCCGGUGAUCGAUGUCACGGAAUUUUGUCUGAAAACACCACCAGCGUUUUUGUUCGCGGCAGCCCAGAUGAACAGGUUUAAUGUUCCGAACAACACGACAAUUGACGAGAAUUCAUCUUUCCACUUAGACAACAACUUUUACAAGUUCUACUGGCCAGCGAUUGUCGAGGGCAAGGAGGCCGACAAAAGUACCAGCUCGGGUACUUCUAACACUUUCGACAGCAGUAGUUCCACCUCUUCAAAGGCGUUGUCCGUGUCCUCUUACACAUUCCGGUUGUGUCGGAAGUGCGGCAGUGCGUGCAAAAAGCAUGCGGACCGGCUGCUGAUGCAAUUUCCGAGCAUUUUCGAGCAAUACGGCAUUGUUCUCGCAACGACCGGCGGGGCCCACAACAAGCCGGUGUGCGCCGACCGCUUGCGGAUUUAUCUGCUGAUGAAGGCUGUCGACGAGGGGUUGCUUCUGUUGCCCGAAGAGCAGCGGAAGGUCCAAUUUUACGGAAAGUCGGCAAACAUUAACUACGCCAGAGGGUUCGCAAGGUUCAUGCCGAAAAUCAUGUGGACAGUGAAAACAACUUCUGCGGUUCCCACAAUCUUCCACUCCAUCACUUACUCCCUUCCCCCCGUCGAUGCGAAGGUCGUGUAUGACGAUCCGCUGAAUCCCACGGGCGGGCUGCUCUACUGCAAGGACUUGGCGCGGUGCGCGCAACAGGAGCAGGAACAAGGUCAUCAUUUAAUAUUCCAGCAUAAAAAUGAUGCGCAGCAACAAGGAGAUGAAAAUGAAGACAAACCUAAACAGCAGGAGGAGCAGACGCUUGACGCGUUAGAUCACUACCUCGCCAUGAUCAACAAGGUUCUCGGUGGCACCCUCUCGGAAGGCCCGCCCCAGAUCGAACUGCGCAAAAGCCCGAAGAUCGAGAACCUUUUGGAAAGAAUUGGCAUGGAACUGGACACGAGUUUGAUCCAGUGGAAGCCGUUGCGAAUUUUGGUGGUCAACGGGGAGCGUAGUGCGGUCGGCUUCGGGAAGGACCUGCUUUUAGACCGGCACCAGGAACAGAUCGAGGAGAUGUUUUCGAGGCUGGGUAGUAGCGAUUAUAGUAUUAGCAGCGGGCCCACCUCAAGUAGAACCUCCACGACGAUGCCGAGCUCUGGUACUGAUGAACAAGGUUUAAUAUUAUCCGCUGAGGAUGAGAACGAUUCUGAUAUUCAUCGCGAGGUGGUGCGGGACGACGAGGGAGAAGAAGAAGAACUCUCAGGACCACAUAAUCCUGAUGAUUAUCAUUUUCAAGGAGAAUCUGACGAUCAGACAGCGUCGAACAAAAGAACAAGAGGAGCAGCAAAAACAACGACUCGGGUAAAAAUCAUGAAUAAGACCCCUUCAAGAACGUCAUCAUCCCCUGCUGCUCCCCGCGUCUGUAGAUCCAGUUCCGCUUCGUCGUCCUCUUCGCUUUAUUUAGACGGGAAUUAUGUGAGAGACCUGUACCACUUGAAAGCGGUGGAUACCGUCAAGAAGUUCAAGAAUCUCGCCGCCUCGAAGGACGGCGGAGCAGAUGUGUGGUACUACUUUGCCCACUAUGGAUUGCAAAUGUGUGUGGGUCUGGAAGAAUACAAACUUGUGAUGCGCAUUUCAGAACACAGAAAGCUCUCUCAUGCAUAGGUAGCAAAAGCUUAUCACUUGCACUUUCUGUCAUCAAAGUGGGGGAUUUGUCAUGUGGAGUCGGCAUUGCGGAAGCUUCUCGAAACCUGUGAUGCUAGGGCUUCCAUGCCAGACCUUCUUGGUCAUGCAAAAACAGCAUGACUCCUCCAGACCCCGACACUUUUGCGGUUGAUACCCACGCUCCCGUGGAGCAGAUACGCGGAUCGCGGGUCCGUGUCACAGGGCGGGAAGUUAUAGACGAGAGGAACUAUAAUGCUGAGAAUCCCGACGAGGAGGAGACGCAGCAACUACUACAACUACCUGGAGCUGCUGCUGGUACAACGGGGCCAACUGCAGAUGUUGAAAUAUCAUCCUCCGCUCCCUUAUCAAAUGUAAAAAUGUCUGGGUCUGGAAGAAUGCAAGAUUUGUGAUGCAAGUUUUCCAUGACCCAUGAGGUCUGGAAUGCGAGACCCAGCAUGACAGAUUCUUUGAGGUCUCUAUCAUGCCUCUCCUGCAUGGGAAACUCCCUCGCAACUUGGUCAAAAGCGGACAGCUUUUGGCACUCACGCAACACAGAUUUUUGCAUCAUUCAGGUUUAGCAUGACAAGUUGCAUUCUUCCAGACCCAGACAUUUUUACAGUUGAUAUCCCUCAGCCUUGAAGCACGUGAAGCAGAACCUGAAGCUCGGCAAGGAGGAGAUUCCGCUUUCCGAACUGAACGCUUUUCUCCAGGAGCUGUUAUGAACUGCAAAAGUAUCGUACUCGUGUAAAUGCAUUACAAAUUUCCUUAGCAUGAGAGAUAAAAUCUGUCAUGCGGAUUUACCUUAAAGAAAAAGACUUGUAAUGCAUGACUGCAAUACAACAAGUGCGAUACUUUUGUACGGGAUAGCUGUCCGACGACGACAAACUGCCCAAAUUUGUCAUCCUUCUCGGCUGCUACACGCACACGGCGGGGAAGGUGUUCGAGUCCUACGGCGUCCCCACCGUCUGCAGCCAGGGCCAGCCGCAGCGGGAAGUCGCGUGUCGGUUCGGCCUGGGGUUGCUCCGGCGCGUGGCGAUAUCAUAUGUAAAAACGUCCCUACCCAAUAGUCAAGUUGGGAACUACUUAGCAAUACAAAACCAGAAGCUUUGGGAGCCACACAUGACAAAGUUCAGUCCGUAGUGUAGUGCAGAUUAGCUAGUGCAGCCGCAUUACAAAUCGAUCUGCUUAUCCUGUUUACAGCAUUACAAAUUCCAAAACGUGACUGGAAAUGCCUCUCUCUCAUGGAGAUGCGCAUUACAAAUCUUCCUGCAAUUGCAAAUCUGCAUGACAACAGUGGGGUGGGGACGUUUUUACUCAGGAUAGGCGAAACUUCUCGUGGAGUCGGUCCACGACCGGAACAACGGGCGAUUAUUGUUCGUUUCCGAAGAGAUUCCCGCGAAGAAGUGCGGACUCCGGAGAAAACUCGAUAUCACACAGAAAAAAGCUGGCAGGGCAGAUUUGUAAUGCAAAAAUAAAUACACAGAAAAAUCUGUCAUGGGGAACGCCAUAGCAUGCUGUUUAGGACAUGCAAGACAGAGCGUUUUGUCUAUUUAUUCUUGCAUUACAAAUCUGACCUGCCAGCUUUUUUCUUUGGGAUACUCGAGCAGUGCUUCGAAGAGGAGAGGAAAAGGUUUUUUUCUUCUUCGACGUCCACCAGAGAUGAUACCAAUCAGAAUGUGAACGGGCGGCAACCGACGUGGUCGAGGCCAACAGCUAGUAAAGACAACGCAACAACAUUUGAUGAAGAAGUCGACCCGGCGGAUGAGCGGGCUGGUUUUCCUCGCGCGAUGCGUCGAAAUGAAGAAGACCAGCAGCUUCAGGAGCAACGAGCUCCGCUCCUGCCAAAGUCUACUUCCACUCGCGGUUCCGCGGCGAAAGUGAGUGCGCCGGUUUCGGGCGAAGAUGAUGAAACUGUUGCGCCUUUAGCUGCAAGGACAUCAAGUUUGGAAGCAGAACGUCAACCGAGCAGACGAUUGGCGUUUGUGGAUGAAAACAAGCAAAGUAACGUUGAAAAGAAUCCUGCUGCAAGUGGAGUAGUACCAACAUCAACACCCUACCAAGGAGAGCAGCGAGUUGAUGCGCAACUAGAAGAUCUUCAGCAGCACCUAUGAAAGUGCACAAUUCCCCCUCCCCCUCAUUUGUAUUGCAUGAACAGCAAUACAAGCGUCAGCAAUAAUACACUUUUUGCAUGACAAAUUUGGACAGGAGCGUAGUGCUAUUUGGGCUGCCAGAACUUGUCAUGCAAACAGUGCCAAGAGCCAAGUGGUAAAUUAGGUAUUUUGCAUGACAAACGAGGGGGAGGGAGAGUUGUGCACAUUCAUACCGCCUCUCCAUUUCCGAGGACGACUUCGUUCUUCUCUCCGAGCCCGCUGGGACCGGCUUCACCCGGCAGAUGGCCAUCGACCUGAAAACUGCGUUGUUUGGCGCCGGUAAUAUGCAAUACGGCGACGGCCUCUCGCAUGAGAAAAUGCUGGAGGAUCGGAAGAAGCAGGCGCGCGCAAUCUGGAUCGCCGUCGGCAUUAUCGCGUUGGUGGCGUGCCUGGGCCUCGCACUCGGGUUGUACUACGUCUUUUGCCGGGGCGGAGAUAACAACGCCGCUAGGACGAAGGAUGAAAAGGCGUUUAACUCCGAUCCGCGCCUGGUGUGGCUGAGGGAAGAGUUUGCGAACGAGAAGGUACGCAUUGCAAAUAUCGAUCUGGGUCUGGAAGAAUGCAAACUUGUGAUGCGGAAAUUUCACGACGCAUCAAAAUCUCUCGUGCAUGAUAGGCAGCAAAAGCUGCAGCCCACUCUCUGUCACGACCAAAGUGGGCCAUAAGUUGUCAUGCGGAUUCGGCAUUGCGGAAGCUGCUCGAAUAAAUCUGUGAUGCUAGAGCUUCCAUGCCAGACCUCCUGUGUCAUGCAAAAGCAGCAUGGCUCUUCCAGAGGACCCAGACAUAUUUGCAUUUGAUAGAAGGAGCGUUUGGUCGGUUCCACCGCACAUCCAGCUGAGUACUUGGAAUUGCUAGAGACCUUCCUCGAGGACCCCACCACGCCCCGCAGCAAGUACAAAGUGGUGCAAGUCCUGGCGCCGCUGGGGUCCGACCUCCUCCAAGAUGCCGACUACCGCCGAGAAAUCGAGUACCGCGCCCAAGCCGGCCAGCGGGUUUCGGCCGUCUGGGUCAGUCCUGGGCUGCCGCUCACGCUGCCGGAUGAUUUGCCCUCGUCGGGGAAGAAUCAGUUCCUGAAGACCGUUAUCAACUGUAAAAAUGUCUGGGUCUGGAAGAUUGCCAGGUUUGUCAUGCACAUUUUGCAUGACUCCUGAUGUCAGUGAUGCAUGCCCUAGCAUCACAGCUUUUGUGAGGGCUUCCUGAUGCCUAUACCGCAUGACAGACGCUCUUUCCGUGUAGCAAGACUUGGACUCUAUUUGCUGCCCAUGCAAUACAGAUUUUUUUAGAAUCCAAAAUCAGCAUGACAAGUUGGAUUCUUCCAGACCCAGACACUUUUACAGUUGAUAACCGCGGCAGACGUCUGGUUUCAGUUUAGCACGAAAAUGCUACCGCAGAUGAAAAAUAACACCGCUGCGAACAAUAUGCAUUGCAAAUAUGUCUGGGUCUGGAAGAGUGCAAGUUUGUCAUGCAGUUUUUCCAAGCUCCCUCAAGUCUGGAAUGCGGGGCCUAGCAUGACAGGUUCUACAGCCCCUUGGUGAUGCCUAUAAUUCUGCAUCAGAAAUACCCUCUCAGAAUGGCCAGAAGUCAGAACCUUUAUUUGCUAGUCAUGCAAGACAGAUCUUUGUUUGGUCCGCAACUCGCAUCACAAGUUCGGAUCCUUCCAGACCCAGACACUUUUGCAUUUGAUAAACAAUCUGAUCACUCAAAAAUCUGGUACCCGAAGGCAGCCAGAGUUGUCUGGGCACAGCAGUGGAUCUUCAUCAGCAGAGCACGUCGUCACACUCUCGGAUUUCGAUUUUGAAAAGGUGUAUGAACUGCAAAAGUAUCGUACUCGUAUAGAUGCAUUACAAAUUUUCGUAUCGCCUAGAGGUUCGUAUGGGGAGGGCUAGCUGAGCAGGAUAGAGGAUCUCGAUUUCGAUAUCUGUUUGCGUAUCGCGGUUUUACAGCGUUAGCGCUCGUUGUUCGAUUGGCUAAAAAAGCAACACACAAAACCAAGCAGAUUCCACAGUUGGGGCAAAGGAUGGGGUAGUGGAGUAGGCAGCUUAGAUGUCCACUACGCCUGAUGCCCCAACAGACUCAACGACAUUCUCUAUCUGUUACUAGCUCGCGUUUUUUUUUCGGGCGGGGAUGCAAAGCAAGGGCAAAGAUAAAGAUGUCGCUAGGGCGUGACUCCUAACGUUAAAAAAGGCCACAGCGAGUCGCUUUUUAUUUCUUUACAAAUGGACCCAAAACAGGAGACCUAAAGUUCGGGUGUGAAUUUCUUCGCCCGGCUUCUGCUCCCUUCCUUGAGUUGCUGCGGUGUUGAAGUUCUCACUCAUGUUCGACUGUGUAGGAGGGUUGAUGUUGCCUCACCCCUCUAAGGUCUCAGGAGUCACGCUGCCACACUGUCAAGCCCCUCUAAGGUCUCAGGAGUCGCGCUGCGCCCAGCCAUGCAUGUCAUGGCAAAUCAGGAUCCCAAAAGUUGCUUCUUCAAAACUCACGCAAAUGUGAUUCGAGAUUUCCCGACCUUUAGGCUUAGUUUUUUAGGCGUGAGGGGCGGACCAGUGGGCUCUAGGAACAGGUACAGAAUCACCACCGAAAAAAGGAAGAGCAACAUAGCACCUGCGUUGUUGCAUCACUACGGUUGUUGACUCUCUUGCACAGCGAGGAUGGAAACAACUCGGUGGUGUGACUCGCCGCCUGCUGACCAUGUGAACAACUGUAGCAUGUCGCGACGAGAAGGGACAAGCAGUCUGGAGCCGAAAGGCGAAGGGGUCAGAUGGCACUUACGAACCACGAAUACGAUGCCGCGAUAGAACAAGGACGACGAGCCUGGAUCACCUCUUUUUCCGAUCUGAAGUUGUCUAUGUGAUAUUUCGCUGCGUUAUUUUUGUGAUUUGUAUUUAAAAAAAAAAAAAGAUGCAUUACAAAUUUCCUCAGCAUGAGAUAAUGAAAUUUGUAAUGCGGAUUUACCUUAGGAGCAAGAUUUGUAAUGCAUGUUUGCAAUUACUACGAGUACGAUACUUUUGCACAGGAUAAAGUGCAAGUUACACCCUCGGAUUUCGAUUUUGAAAAAGUGGAAGUUUCUUCUAACUCGGAGCAUCCGUGGGCCAUAUCCUAUGUAAAAACGUACCCACCCCAGAGUUGUCAUGCAAUUCUGCAUGCCAAAAAAGUUUCUCAUGCGGAGCCCUAUGAGAAGCAUUUUCUAUUCGUGUUUUGGAAUUUGUGAUGCUAGAAUCAGUAUUGUAGGCUAGAUCUGUAAUGCUUCUGAGCUAGCGAAACAGGAUUACACUACGAGGACAAACUUGUCAUGCCAAACGACCAAAGCUGUGUGAUUUGUCUAGCAGAUUUGCCAACUUGACUCUGGUGUGGGUACGUUUUUACUCAGGAUAGGGCAACCGUGAUGUUUUUCCCGAAACUUAUCGCCGGUACGUGGGUAUUUGGGGUGACAAACUGUAUGUGCAGCAGAAAGGGCGCAACCGCGUCUGGGAGGGCUUUGACCCACCGCAGUGGAUUCUCGUGCUAAACGCGCUUCUCGGAUUACGGACUUGAAAAAUUCCCCCUCCCCAUAUCAAAACGGAAUUUCUGAUGCUGGAUUUGUGUACACAAGUCAGCUUUGUACUGCAGAGAGGCUUUGCGGUCAGGUCACCAGGGUAGGUAGGGGCGUAUGGGUCUACUUGUUCAGCAUGGCAAACGGCUCCCCUUUAGGCCCAACAGCAUGACAAAUCGCGUCCACAAUGGGGCGGAAGCUUCUGCCCUUGUCUUCUUGCAAUACAAAUGUGAUUUGUGACCUCAAAUCCGCAGCGCAAAUUUUCGGAAGCAUGCAUGUUCAAUAUCAUGGGGAGGGGAGAUUUUUCCUUCUGAUACGGAUUUCCGAUGGACGAGGUCAACGGGCUGAAGGACAAGAGGUUGCGUGGCAUGACCAGAUUUCUGAUGCGGGACGAAGGCGGCACGGUCCGUCCGCCGGAUGAUAAUUUCAACGCGACCUCCGUACAGCUUGACCACGAAGGAAACGUCCUGAAGCCGGUGAAAGAAGAGGACCUCAAACGUUCUUACGGGCAGCUCUCGCACCGCAGAAAUUGGUCGGAAGACCGGCCGGUCGCAAUGUACUACGUCUUCAUCGAACCCGCGCCCUAGGAUGCGCGGGAGGGGCGUUGAUAGCGAGAGUGUAGUAGAAGAGGAUGGCAUGUUGAGGUCCAGCUCCAGGAGUUUUAUUUUAGUACACUUGAUGUUUUGCUACGAGAGAAAUUCUAGGUCACAUAGUACAAAAACUCACCAGGCCAAGAGAAGCAAUUUUUAACCUGGUCGCCGCUAGAGUUUUGGGUCCACAACAAGGAAGUAUACAGUUUGCAUAGCAUAUGAGGAAUUUUGAAAAGUGGCACGGUGGACCACAUGGGUAGUAUCCCACUACGUCGGUGUAUGUCUAUGUCUACUACCUCUUCAGAAAGCGCAUUGUAUUAUGAUUUCGUGUAUGAUUUUCUUUUUUUUUACUUGUUUCUUCUUUAACUUUUCCAUUAAUAAAACACUAUCACGCCGAUGAUCAUCAGCACGCACCAUUUAAUGCUAGUUUUUCUAGCUUCUAGUAUUAGAAAUAGUUUUGACAAUUUGACUACCGUAAUAUUAACUACAGCAGAAGCAGGCAAUCCAAUUCGCCUGGUUCUGUUCGAGUUGUAUGUUACGCGACCAUUGGAGGUUUUGGUCUCGCCGUCUUUUUGCAAGUAACAAAGGCCGAAAUAAAUCAUGCGAAGGACAGGAAAUAAAUUAGCCGAAAAAUAAUGCAGCAUCGAUAGAUGAUUUUAAUCUUGCCAUCGAGAGAAACACCACAAAGAAGUACAACAUGAUCUCGGCACGACGAAUGUCGUAUUAGUCAUUUUAUUUCCUGGCAGCAUGAUCGCCUUCACCUCCAAUUGGACCAAUUUAUCUUCACAGCACUUGAAGAGGACUUUUUUUAAACAAUUUAGGAAAGAACUUCAGGCGGCGGAACGGCGGCCCUCCGCAAGAACUUUUUAGCAUCGUAUGAUUCAUCUUUGACACUAUGUACAACAACUUCUACGCACCACUAAUUUUUAGGUACACGAUGGAAAAACAAUCUAAACAUUGUCAGCGGUAUUGAAUUUCUUUACCUCUGACUAUUCUACAUAACAGAGUGGCUACUUAUUCGGUUUACGAAUAAGAAGUAGACAAGUUUUAUCGCGCUGCAAGGUAUCCCCUUGUGGCGUCAUUUUUCUAUUUUUCGCGGCGCAAAGUAGAAUCGAUCUACUACUUCGUGCGGGUCGACGUUUUUACUCUGGUCUACUUCAAGGCAAAACUCCUUUCCGAGAACGAUACAAACUGCGAUCACCAGAGGAGUCUAUCUUAGGACCAAGAGGAAAGAAGAACAUCGGAAAUUAUACUAGAGAUGAGAACUACAACAUCUUCACGCAUAGUUUUUUGUGCCGUCGUGCUGCAACUGCAGUACGAAAAUGAACCCCAGAUGAACAAGUACUGAUAAAGAAGCUGGUCGGUCUGCUCGUGCAGCAGCCGCUCCUCAUUUCGGGUGAGGCCUCGUCUCAGCGGUUUUGGUAUCUUGUUCCGUGUUCCUUGUGGUGUUGAAAUGAAUCGUCUGCACAGAUUGAUAGUCAUCUUUUCUCUACUCCAGCCUACGAGGAAGCGCC